UAGCUUUCUGCACAAUAAAUAUUAUUAUUAUUAUUAUUAUUAUUAUUUGGUAUGCUUAAUUAAAUUGGUGGAAGGUGAAAUAACGCUCGGAUCCUAAAAGACAACGAAGAAAUAGAAAACGAUACAAACAACAAAAAUACUUACACAAAGGUUGAAAUCUAUAUAUAUAUAUAUAUAUACGCACACACACACACGCACACCCUCACACGCACACACCCUCACCCUCUCACACACACCCUCACCCUAAUUUGACUAUUUCAGGUGUUAGCCAAAAACGUUAUGUUUUGAUAUGCAAACAACAUUUAUGCAUGACCCCCUUUUUAAAAGAUACUUUCGCCGUCCCAGGCUUAGUAGCCAAAGAUGCCGUAACUUUGUAAGAAAACAUCAAAUGGAUAACGUAGGAAUUUUAUUUGUGAAACAUCCUGUACUAUGUGUUGUAAAAUCCCCUCGUUAGAUGUCGCCUGUUGUCGUCCCCAUCCUUUAUUUACAAUCCCUUCUACAUCUCCCACCUUGUUGUGUGUCCUAUAAAAUGUGUUUGUAAAGUACCAGAGAGCACCCGUCAGUCGUCGAACGUCGUUCAUGCAGACAACACGUCAUAGUCAGUACUGUGCUCACGUUCCAUUGUUCCUUCCGUUCCUUGUGUACGAAGAACCUAUCCAAACCCGCUAUCCGAGCCAAUCGCUUUCGCCAAGAUUUAAUAUCAGAUACGACAAACAGUAAGUUUUUGCACCAUUUCCUUCCGUUCCGUCCUGUGCAUCCCAAAGUGUUAAACCAACUGCCGUCCACAUAUCAACCUUUACCGACCACAACCCAAAAGAGGUGGCCCUUGGGCCACCUCCUAUGAGCGUAGCGAUGGCUCCCGUGCCACCAGAUGAAGACCAGCCAGACCUAUCCGAUCUCACUGCACAACAGAUGAUAGAAGCGCAUAACUUUGUCGAGACGCACCCAACAAUAAAAUUAAUUAUCAAACGCCAUAACACCGCGAUCGCGCGACUAAACGACUACACCUUAAAAAUUGACCAGUUAAUGAAAACUUGCGCUAAGCAGGCAGAGGUAAUAGACACCCUAAACAGAACAGUGGAAUCCUCCCUUGCCGAAAAUAAUGACACCCGAAAACGGAAAUGUAAAAAGCCCGAAAGUCCUCAGGAAUUCCCGCCUCUUCCCACCGCAAACCGUUACAACGCUCUCGCCACAAACGCCGACGACGAAAUGGUAGUAGACCUCGCGCCGCAAACACGGCUACCUAGUCCCGGUCCCCCAAAUAAAAAUAGUAUAACCAAUAUCUGUCUAAAACCCCAAAGUAAAACCACCCAAAACACCUCCAAUAAAAUGCCACCUAUCUGCAUCAAGACGGAGACACUUGAUGAAUCGUACACCUCCCUAAUAAGGAAAAUCAAAAAUAAUACAGGGUGCCAAAACUUUACCCUAUCCCACCAAAACAGGUACACAAAAAUUUUCACUCAAAACCUACAAGAUUUUGCCAGCAUUAAAAACUUCCUCGAGGAAGGACAGGUACAAUUCUUCACGUACACCCCGCGAGAAGAGAUUAACAAAAAUAUAGUAUUAAAGGCCGCCCCCAACCUCGACACAAAUGAAAUCAAAGACGAACUAAGAUCCGCCGGUGUGGACGCAUUAGAAUGUAAAGCCCUAAAAGGUAAGAGCCCGGAAGAAGCGUACU